AUGAACGUGCGUUCGCCCGGUCCGUCAGGCAGUGCGUGUGGUGCGUCAGUUUUCCGUGUGUUCGAGUGCGUUAAAUGAUCGGCGUCCAUCUGAACCGGUGGAAAUAGUAGUAAUUGUGCGGAAAACAGUGAUGUGCGAGAAAAGUAUACGAGAAAAAAUCUAAACAAUUCUAGUGGUGAUUAUUGUGCGAUCGAAAUAACCAAUAAAAAAAGUCGUUGUGCGUUGAUUAAUUGUUACCGUCCGCGUUCGGAGCAUGUGCCGUCGGCUAUUCGGCUAGGGCCGCCCGCUGCUGAUUCAUCUCAAGGGUCCGAUAUCGCCUUGCCGUGAUAUUCCCGUCAAAGCCAGUGCCGUCCGCAUAGACAAUCGUUCCGAACCAGGUACUAAAAGUUUGAUAAACUAUUCACAUCAAAAUGAUCGUUACCGACGAUCAUGACUGCCCGUUGGCUUUGAUAACAACACAUGGAACAUAUGUAGGCCACUGACGGCUAAAUUGCGUGGAUUGUACGAUGAACUCGUGGCAAUGGGUUACCAUGAUCUUAGUGGCAAGUGGAUUAACGUCAAUGGUGGUAGCUGUAGUACCCGGCGAGGUCCGAUUUGCGGUCAUAGCCCCAUUGAAAUCAUCAAAAGUCGAUAACCAAGAGACAUUGGGUGCGAUUUUACCAUCGGUAGAUCUCGCCACACAAGCAAUUGCUCAACCCAAUGGCAAGUUGCCGAACUGGAAAAUACAUAUCGAGUAUAGAAAUGGAAAUUGUUCCUCUACCGACGGGCCGUUGGCUGCGUUCGAGUUACACGACAGGAGUGAUGCUUUUUUGGGACCUGUAUGUGAUUAUGUCAUAGCACCAGUUGCAAGGUACGCCGGUGUAUGGAAAAUUCCUGUUUUAACGGCUGGAGCACAGGCCGAGAGCUUCUACUUCCGCGAAGAGUACCCGACGCUCACCAGAAUGAUGGGCUCGUACAAGCUGGUUGGGGAAGCUCUCAGGCACAUAUUACACGUAUUUGGUUGGAACGUUGCUGGUCUCUUAUAUUAUAAUCAUGGUGUCAACUCAUUAAUGGGCCAUUCUAAAUGUCAUUUCACUCAAUCAGCUGUUUACUCAGCCCUUGGAUUAAAACCAGAGUAUAAAAAUUUCAACGACACUGCUGAUAUUACAGCGUUCAAAGAACUUCUGACUGGAUUAUCUAACAGAGCUAGAAUAAUGGUGGUAUGUGCUAACCCGUUAACAGUGAGAGAAAUACUAUUAGCGGCCGAAGAACUUAAUAUGAUUGACAGUGGUGAAUAUGUUUUUUUCAAUAUUGAGCUGUUUAGCAGCAUGAACAACGGAUCCUUGACGCCAUGGUAUGUGAGCAACGAUACAGCUGAACGAAAUGAGAGAGCAAAAAAGGCUUACACAGCAUUACUCACUGUGACUGCACGUACUCCCAACAACGACGCAUAUCGAAACUUUUCCGUGGAAGUUAAACGUGUGGCAGAAGAGAAGUAUAACUUUACAUUUGGCAACGAAUCAGUAUCAACAUUUGUUACAUCUUUUUACGAUGCAGUUUUAUUGUAUGGCUUGGCGUUAAACGAGACACUAGCUAGAGGGGGUAACAAAUCAGACGGUGCGGCUAUAGUAAAAGCUAUGUGGAAUAAAACGUUCACCGGUAUUACCGGUGAUGUCAAUAUUGAUGCCAACGGUGACCGUAUCGCUGAUUAUUCUUUACUUGACAUGGAUCCAGUUACAAAUGAAUUUAAGAUUGUUGCAAAUUACAUAGGAGUAAAACAAAAAUUGGAAUACGUGCCAGGAAUGAACAUCCAUUGGGCUGGUGGUAGAACUAGUCCUCCGCCCGAUACUCCAGCUUGUGGAUUUGACAAUUCUCUCUGCAAAACGAUGCCUGGUUAUGCAAUUCUAAGCAUUGUACUUAGUUCAGUAGUCGUUAUCCUAGCAAUAGCUUCAGCACUUAUAUACAGACAUUAUAAACUGGAAGCAGAAAUUGCAUCAAUGACGUGGAGGGUUAAUUAUAAUGAUAUUAUAAGAGUUCCACAAGAAAAAUGGAGGACAAGUAUGACUAGUCUUAUAAGAAGAAAUAGUCAAAGGACAGCCAUAUCGGACGAUCUCAUGAGCCUUAUGAGUCAAUGUGAUUAUGGGCGUCAAGUGUUCAUACAAACUGCAUUUUAUAAGGGAAACAAAGUAGCUCUAAAGACUUUGAAACGAUCGCGACUAGAAAUGUCACGUCCUUUAUUAUUGGAACUAAAAAGGUUAAAAGAUUUACAUCAUGAUCAUUUGGUGAGGUUCUACGGUGCUUGCAUAGAGCCAAACUAUUGUUGUUUGCUAACUGAAUAUUGCCCCAAAGGUAGUUUACAAGACAUACUCGAAAAUGACCAGUUCAAAUUAGAUUGGAUGUUUCGGUAUAGUUUGAUGCAUGACAUUGUAAAAGGGAUGUGCUAUUUACAUAGCAGUGAACUACGAUCACAUGGUGGUCUCAAGUCUAGCAAUUGUGUAGUAGAUAGCAGAUUUGUUCUGAAAAUUGCUGAUUUUGGUCUUAGAAGUUUUCGAAGUAGCAAUUCAAAUGAAUCCAACAGUGAUGAGGAUUCAUAUGCAUACUGGAGAGAAUUUUUGUGGACUGCUCCUGAAUUAUUGCGCACAAGACAUUCACCACCGGAAGGAACACAAAAAGGAGAUGUGUAUUCCUUUGCUAUCAUAGUCCAUGAAAUCGUUACUAGACAAGGACCUUUCUACUUAGGAAAAGUUGAACCUCUUUCGCCAAAAGAAAUUGUGGAUAGUGUAAAAAGUCGAGAAAAAUGCCUGAGACCCAGUGUGGCAGACUUAAGUUGUGACGAGGAAGUUGGUGUUUUGAUGAAACGUUGUUGGACUGAGGAUCCUGCCGAUCGCCCUGACUUUACCACGCUUAAGGCAGCGAUACGGAAGUUGAACAAAGAUUAUGAAAGCAACAAUAUUUUAGACAAUUUACUAUCUCGUAUGGAACAAUAUGCUAAUAAUUUAGAAGCGUUAGUCGAAGAAAGGACUGCAGACUAUUUGGAAGAAAAAAGAAAGUGUGAAGAAUUACUAUAUCAAUUACUACCCAAGUCAGUGGCUAGUCAGUUGAUCCUGGGCCAGUCUGUGGUUGCUGAAACAUAUGAUAGCGUGACUAUUUAUUUUAGUGAUAUAGUUGGCUUCACGUCGCUAAGUGCAGAGAGCACACCGCUACAAGUAGUAGACUUGCUCAACGACUUAUACACGUGUUUCGACUCCAUUAUAGAAAACUUUGAUGUUUAUAAGGUGGAGACCAUCGGUGAUGCGUACAUGGUCGUGUCAGGGCUUCCAGUUCGCAACGGUCACUUGCACGCAAGAGAAAUUGCCCGAAUGUCACUGGCACUUCGAUCGGCUGUACACAGUUUCACCAUCAAGCACCGCCCGGACGAUCAAUUAAAGCUGCGUAUUGGCAUGCAUACUGGUCCUUGCGUUGCUGGAGUGGUUGGACUUAAGAUGCCAAGAUACUGUUUGUUCGGAGAUACGGUCAAUACAGCUUCGAGGAUGGAAUCGAAUGGGCAAGCGUUAAAAAUUCAUGUGAGUCCUCAAACGAAAGAAGUACUUGACACUUUUGGGACGUUCGACUUGGAACUUAGAGGUGAAGUCGAGAUGAAGGGUAAAGGUAAAGUAACAACUUACUGGCUUUUGGGUGAAAAGACACCGGCUGCUGAAAUGGCUACGGCUGCUGCAGCGGCUAACAACACUUCUGUGACCACUGGGCUCCCGAACAACAUACUUGGAUCAUUUAGUAAAAUACACACUAAUAGUAAUAGUAUGGGAUCUUCCAAAUCCGUAGCUAAUAAUAUAGCAAACCAUAACAACAUCACUGCUUCGACGCCAUUGUUACAAGGAGACAACGGAUAAGGAAAAAAAUAAUUAUUGAAAACCUUCGAUGUGAAUAACUUUCAUAUUCUUGUCUUUACAAAGCAGCUUUUAUUUUUCUUCAUCUUGUAAAAUUUGCUUUAUGUGUACCACCCAUCGUUUUUUUCAACUCCCAGUUCUUUACUCCUUCGUCAACUGAAUAUUUUGUAAGCUCAACACUUUGUAACAAUAAACUUUACAAUAAGAUUACCCAAAUUUAUUGUAAUACGAACAUUGUAUCGACUUUAUUGAAAUGAUUACCGUUACCAAAGAGAUGAUUACGACAUAGGUGCUAUACGAUAGAAGUUAUGAUUUAAUCAUUAUUGUUGGCAAAUAAUAGAAUAAUUAUUUUAUAUUGUUUUCCUAUUUGUGUAAAGACGUUAUGGAAUAGUAUAUGCUGUUAGAAUUGUUUGUUUAGGUUGUGUAGAGAAAGAAUGAACUAUGUUAUAGAUCUUAAAAAUAAUUAAUCAUAAUGAUGUCUAUUGAAACGGUUACCAUCGGAUUUAUCAGGGGAGGGGAGGGGGACUCAGUCUUGAUCGCGUUAAAGGUCCAUCGCUCACGAAAACUGUUGCGCUAGUUCAUUAACAAGCUAUUCUAACUACGGCAACCGAAAUAUUUUAAAAUACAAAGCCGUACAUCACUAUGUGACUUUUUAAAAUUUCCUCCUCAAAUGAUUGACCUUAGUGUGCGUAAAUAAAAUUAUAAUAUUUCAUUAUUAGACACAGGCAAUUAAGGUGAUCGGCCUUUUCAUGCUAUCCAAAACUUUGUCCAUCAUUCCCUCGAUUGUGUAGGUAAAUUUUAUCGAUUCAAUGAAAAUAUUUAUGUAGCUUUUAUUGUGUAUAACCAAAAUGACACACCGUUGUAGGUGUUUACCUAUUGUUGCCGCAUAAAAUCGGGUUUAUAUGUAGAUUAAUUAAGAGUAUUAGUUGAACGAUUAACUAAUCGUUUUUGAAAUAUAAUUAAAACGUAUUUGACGAUAAAUGUACAUUGUAUUAUAAUAUUGUGUAAUCAUAAAUUUAGCUGUAACUAUUAAAAUCGUUGUAACGUACCCAAAUUAAAUAGAUGUUAUUUGUAAGUAUUCAAUGUAAACCUACCAAAUUUAUUUUUACGUACUUAACGUUA